AUGGAUAAAGUAUUUGCUGGAUGGAAAUUUGAAAAGUCAAGAAAUCAAAGAUUAGAAAAAUGGAAAGAUGUAGUCGAUAAGAUGGAAAGUCUGGAUGGUGUUAAAUCUGAAUUCAUUACAACAGGAUUAAGGCAAGUUGUCGAAGAAGCAUUAUCACCAUCAAAAAAAGCACAACCACCCGAACCCUCUUUGCCUCAACUUGUAAUUUCUGAGAAAAUUAUUCCAGAAUUACCUACGGAAAUUCUAAUUGAAGAGAAAUUAAUCGAGAAAGCACCAAUUACUCCAGAAUUAAUUGAAGAGAAGUUAAUUGAGAAAACACCAGUUACUCCAGAAUUAUCUAAGGAAAUUCUAAUUGAAGAGAAAUUAAUCGAGAAAACACGAAUUACUCAAGAAUUACCUAAGGAAAUUUUAAUCGAAGAGAAGUUGAUUGAGAAAACACCAAUUAUUCCAGAAUUAACCACAGAAAUUCUAAUUGAAGAGAAAUUAAUCGAGAAAGUGCCAAUUAUUCCAGAAUUACCUAAGGAAAUUUUAAUUGAAGAGAAGUUAAUUGAGAAAACACCAAUUAUUCCAGAAUUACCUACGGAAAUUCUAAUUGAAGAAAAAUUAAUCAAGAAAACACCAAUUACUCCAGAAUUACCUAAAGAAAUUAAAAUUGAAGAGAAAUUAAUCGAGAAAGCACCAAUUAUUCCAAAAUUACCUACAGAAAUUCUAAUUGAAGAGAAAUUAAUCAAGAAAACACCAAUUACUCCGGAAUUACCUAAGGAAAUUACACAGGAUAAAAAAUUGAUUGAAGAUAUAUUUAUACUACCACCAAGUAUUUCUGAAUUAUCCAAGGAAAUAGUUGUGGAGGAAAAUAUAAAAGUUUUAGCAUCACCAUCUUUCAUAGAUUUGAAACAAUCCCAACUUCAAUUUUUCAUUUAUGUUUUACAUCUUAUUAAAAUAUUAGAUUUGUUUCCUCCCUUGACAAAAUCGCCACAACUUCCAUUUUUAUUUCAUAUUUUACAUCUCGUUAAAAUACUAGGCUUGACUUCUCCUUUGGCAAAAGUUAAAAUUAUGGAAGAUUUAAGAAAGGGGAAAGAAAUGAUGCCAUCACCAAUAGAAGUAGUAGUGCCACCUCCAACAGAAAAAGUGAUGCCACCUUCAAUUGAAGAAAUAGUGUCACCACCACCAGUGGAAUCAAUAGAGAAAGUUGAGGAAGUUGAGGAAAAGGAAAAAGAUAAAAAACAGCCCAUAAUAAUUGAUGAGCCAGUCAUGAAAACAAUCCAAACAUUGAAAGAUAUAAGAAAGGAGAAAGAAAUGAUGCCAUCACCAGUAGAAGUAGUAUUGCAACCUCUAACAGAAAAAAUGAUGCCACCUUCAAUAGAAGAAAUAGUGUCACCGCCACCAGUGGAAGAAAUAGUGUUGCCACCAACAAUGGAAGAAAUAUUGUCCCCUUCAAUAGAAAAAUCAAUAAAGAAAGUUGAGGAAGUUGAGGAAAAAGAAAAAGAUGAAAAACAGCCCAUAAUAAUUGAUGAGCCAGUCAUGAAAACAAUACAAACAUUGGAAAAUGUACAAACAUUUAAAACUAGGCAUCCAGAUUUCAAACCUACAGAGGAUGAUAUUAAGUUGAAGAAAAAAGUUGAAGAUGUUGUAAAAUUGACAUUCAAAGAUGCAGCAUCUCUUUCCACAGAUAAAACAUAUACGAGAUCUCAUCGUGAAAUAGCAAAGAUAGAAUAUCAACUUUUGGAUUCUUUACUUACUGGACAGUCAUCAACAAAUAUUGUAAAAAGUUUUGAAUUUGAAAGUCAAAAAUUAGCAGAAAAAUUAGAGAGACGUACUGCUUCAGUAACAUGGGAAAUGUAUAAGGAAUGUCAAGAUUUCUUUAGAACAUGGGGUAUACCAUGUAUUUUUUCAUCUAAUCAUGAAGCGGAGGCAUUUUGUGUAUCUUUAACUGAUAAAGGUUUUACAGAUGCAGUGGUUUCAGAUGAUAUGGAUGCAACAAUAUAUGGAGAUGGACCAGUAUUAAGACAAUUUUUGAAAAAAAAUAAACCAAUUCAAGAAAUCUUGCCGGCCAAAAUUCGAGAAUUACUUAAAUUUUCAAAUAAUCAAUAUAUAGAUUUUUGUAUAUUAUGUGGGACAGAUUUUGCUGGAACCAUUCGUAAUAUUGGACCAAUUAAUGCAUUGAAAAUGGUUCAAGAACAUGAAAAUAUCGAAAACAUUUUGACGCAUCUCAAACCACAAUUACUGGAAAGAUAUGAGAUAGAUUCAGAUGAAUUUUUAUUUAAUUAUAAUAAUGUAAUAUUCAAUGAAUGUAAAGAAGGUAAAGAAGAUAAUUCUAAUUCAACUCAAUUAAUUUCUGAUGCAAUGGGAUCAAAUCCAUUUAGAAAUUUCAAUUGGCAAUAA